CUCCCUGUCUCUCUCUGUCCAGGUGCUUCACCCUCUUCAGCAGCGUUUCCUCAACCUCAUUAACCAGGAGAACUUCGCUCAGAUCAGCCAGGAAGAAGCUGUCAAACGGGAAAUCGUGGCUACGUUAGAGGCGCUGUGCGGCAUCGCGGAGGCGACACAGAUCGACAACGUGGCCUCGCUCUUUUCUUUCCUCAUGGACUUCUUGUCCAGCUGCAUCGGCCUCAUGGAGGUUUACAGCAACACGCCCGAGACAAUCAACCUCAUCAUUUGAGGUUUUUGUGGAAGUGGCUCACAAACAGAUCUGCUACCUGGGAGAGACCAAGUCCAUGAAGCUGUACGAGGCGUGUCUGACGUUGCUGCAGGUCUACUCUAAAAAACAACCAGAGCAGGAAGCGAGGAGACGCCACAGCCGAGGAGGACCAGUACCAGGACCUGCUGCUCAUCAUGGAGCUGCUCACCAACCUGCUCUCCAAAGAGUUCAUCGACUUCAGUGACACAGAUGAGGUGUUUCGAAACCAAGACCAGGGAACACCAGCCUCUAACAGAACAGUCUCAGCAGCAGAUGUGGUUCUUUAUGGUGUCAAUAUUGUCCUUCCACUCAUGUCUCAGGACCUGCUCAAGUUCCCCUCUCUGUGUAACCAGUACUACAAGCUCAUCACCUUCAUCUGUGAGAUCUUCCCAGAAAAGAUCCCACAGCUGCCUGAAGACCUGUUCAAGAGCCUCAUGUUCUCCUUGGAACUGGGAAUGACCUCGAUGAGUUCGGAGAUCAGCCAGCUGUGUUUGGAGGCUUUGUCUCCUCUGGCUGAACAGUGCGCCAAAAACCAGGAGAAGGACACGCCUCUCUUCAUCGCCACUCGUCACUUCCUCAAGUUGGUGUUUGACAUGCUGGUCCUGCAAAAACACAACACCGAGAUGACAGUGGCAGCAGGAGAAGCUCUUUACACACUCGUGUGCCUGCACCAGGCAGAGUACUCUGAGCUGGUGGAGACUCUGCUCUCCUCUCAAAGAGACGCCGUCAUCUACCAGCGGCUGGCCGACGCCUUCAACAAGCUGACGGCCAGCAGCACGCCGCCCACCAUGGACAGGAAACAGAAGGUCGCCUUCCUCAAGAGCCUGGAGGAGUUUGUGGCCAAUGUGGGCGGCCUGCUCUGCGUCAAAUAACCACUGGAAAACCGACUCCGCCUCGAAUCAUCAUUAUGAAAAGCAACCAAUCAGAGACCCCCCCGCCCCCCCUGCCCCACUUCAUCCCUAUGAACUAUGGGUAGAAGAGACAGCUCUGAGGACCUCUCUGUCUCUGCACCUGCUGGGGGAUCCAUCUCAUGCCUGAAUGUUAACCCUGUUUUCACUUCCUAGGAUUUCUUUUUUUGUUUUGUUCUCCUCCCCGAACCGUCACCCCACCCCCUCACCCAUCCCAUGAUUGACAGACUUGACGAUGAUGAUGAUAACUUGGUAACCAUGGAGACUGAACUGCAGAGCAGACGGACUCAGUCGGAGGAUCCUGCCCUUUUGGACUGAAGCGGCAACGGAGCGCUGACCAUCAUGACGACAAGAGGCAGAGCAGUGGCUGGUGUCGACGGGGGUUGACCUCCACCUCCUCCACCUCCUCAUGUGCCUGGAGGUCGCCAGAGCGCACACAGACACACACACACACACACACACACACACACACACACACACACAGUCAUGUUGAGGAUAAAACAGGUUGCUGUGUGGAGAAGUGACGGAGAAGAUUUUUCUAGUGUGAGGUUUUUUAGACGAAGGUAUUAGAGGGGUCUUGGUGACACACACUUCAUUUUAUCAGUUUCCAUCCUGCCACACACACACACACGUUGCCCCAGUCCUUCCCAGAGUGCCUUUGUUUUGUUGAUUGUUUUGUGUGUGUGUGUAUGUGUGUGUGCGUGUGUGUGUGUGAAUCACAUCAUACAUUAACUGACAUCAAAUGUCGACUGUGCCUGCCAUUCGCCAAAAAAAAACAACAACAACACAGCGGAUGCACAAAUUCACAAACACACACAUGCACACAACAUGCAUACACAUACACACACCCACACACACACAAAAUGUUGCCAUGACAACAAAGGUUUCGCCGGCCCGGCUGUCUUUGGGCCUUACUGAACCACACAGCGCAGGAGGGCGUUUGUUUUAUUUGUUUGUUUGUUUGUUGGUGAUGACAGAAAACCAAAAUCAGAUUGCAUUUCACUAAAGGGUGUACAUAUAUAAAUAUAUAUAAGAAAUGUUUUCAAACCAGAAACCAUGAGAAGUGUACGUUCAAAGACAAAAAAAACUGAAAUGUUUUUAUAUGGCAGGAAGAGUUGUAUGAGUUCAACAUGUUGUGAAUUCAGCUAAAGAGGGAGCAACUUUGUCUGUGUUGACCUUUUUGCAGUUUGAUAUUUUGGAUUGUAGUAUUACGUUGCAGCCCCUCCCUCCGGACAGAUAAAGGCCAGGAGAUCGGAUCAGGCCUCUAAAGUUUAGCAGAUUAAUUUCAGUAGUCUUUUUUUUCUACAGCAGCAGCACAUCAUCCACCGUUUCACUCUUCAGCACACACUGGAUCGAAGCAGAGACUGUUGGGAGUUGAAGGACAGCAAUAACAAACCAAAUAAAAAGGAGCAGAGCCACUUGUUGAAGCAUUAUAUUGGAGACAGAUUCCUCCUCGUUCAGAGCACUAUCCUGGUUAUUGUAGAAUGGCUGUUUUGUUAAUGAAGUAUAAAAGUGUACAUAAACUUAUUGUAUAAAAUGUUCUGGCCUCUGCAUUUUUCCUUUA